AUGUUAUCUAAUAAACGCCUCGUGGCCGUUUGUGCCAUUGCCUUCUGCUGCAACAUAGCUGGUUUGGUCCUCUUCAUGAAAUACAACUCUGGGGAGAAAUGCUAUGCUACGAUCGACGAACAGCAAAAGACUCGACUUCGAGAAUUGGCAAUGGCGCUUGCACCUGCACGUUUGCGGCUCGGCGGUACCAUGUCUGAGCGCCUCAUUUUCAGCCGAGAGGACAUCCCGCAGGUAUCAUGCGAUCAUUGUCCUUCUAACCUAACAUCCAAAUCUACCUGUCAUGCUGUCAAGAAGCUGUGCAGGCAUAAGUUUUUACCCUUCUUUCUUAUGAGUGGAAGUAAGUGGAACGAGAUCAAUGAAUUUUGUAAAGCUGCACACCUUAAACUGUUGUUUAGUUUUAAUGUUCUCCUCCGAGAACAUCGCAAUGAGUGGAGUGACCAGAAUGCCAUAGAUAUCAUCAAUUACUCUAAACAGAAAGGGUAUCUUGUUGACUGGCAGCUGGGCAAUGAACCAAACUCUUUCCAACAUGUAUUCAAUAUUACCAUCAGCCCUCAUAGGCUUGCUAAAGAUUUUGUCAAGCUACGGCAUAUUUUGAAUGAAAAUGGAUACAGAAAUUCAUUGCUGGUAGGUCCUGAUACCACAAGACCCCAAGCACACCGUCCAGAAUGCCUAGAGUACAUGGUUCAAUUUUUAGGAAAUGUGUCUCAUCAUAUUGAUGUAAGGGCUUGGCAUCAAUAUUACCUUAAUAGCAGAACUGCCAAACUAGAAGACUUUUGGAAUCCAGAUACAUUCGAUUUACUAAAAGAACAAAUAGAAACUAUGAACAGACACACAAAAAGUUAUACCCAUAUUCCCAUGUGGUUGAGUGAAACAAGUAGUUCAUAUGGUGGAGGAGCACCAGGGCUAUCAAACUCAUAUGGUGGGAGUCCCCUGUGGCUGGAUAAACUUGGUUUGUCUGCUAAAAAUAACAUCACUACAGUAAUUAGACAGAGUUUCUAUGGUGGAAAUUACAGUCUUAUUGAUAAGGAUCUUGAACCUUUACCAGACUGGUGGGUGAGUGUGCUCUACAAGAGAGUAGUAGGAAAUAAGGUUUUGCAUAUAGAUUGCAAAUGUUCACGCUUCCAGAGAAUGUAUGCACAUUGUGCCAAUAGAAAAUAUACAAAUGAUACCACUGCUGUAACUGUGUACGCCAUCAAUUUAGAAAUGGCUAAAGCAAGAUUCCUAUUAAAUGGUAGUGCUUUACAUGGAGAUAAUCUGUCUAUUGAUGAAUAUAUUAUCAGUGCUCCUUCAAACAAUAGAAAGAGUAAGACAAUAUUGUUGAAUGGCUGGCCAUUGUAUUAUGAAUCGCCCAAACUUGAUCUCCAACCACAUCAAAUAAAGUAUGGUAACCAUAUUUCAAUGCCACCAUACUCAAUUGGAUUUUGGGUGAUUAAGAACACAUCCAUAAAAGUUUGUAAAUAGGUUCAAUAUAUUUUCAUUGUGGUGCCUCUAUUGUGAAUUUGUGUGUGACAUUCAUUUUCCAUUGUAUCAAAUAUCUUCUGUCAUCACAUUCCAGUGAGAUUAUCUAUGCUAAGAUUUAUGAGAUCAAUACAGAUUGUAGAAAUGUUAGAAUAUAAAAAUGUACGAAUUUCUAUAACAUUGGUAACCUUGGUAGUUUAAGCACAAAGCAUCAAGGUCAAGAUGUGGCAUUUUAUAUACAUAUAGCAUUUGUACCUAUACAUAUUGAAGUUGACGCCCUUUGUUUUGUUGCCAUAUAUAAUGAAAGAAAUAUAGAAAGUGAAGGAUAAUUUCGACACCAGGAGUUAACACUAUGCUAACUCAGUUUAUCAAUUUUGCAUUUUCAAUGCCAAAUUAUUCACCUGAUUUAAAUGAAUUUGAAAAUUAAGAAAUUAAUACAAAAGUAAUACUUAAUCAUAUAUU